GAAGCGUCCCUUCCCGCCAUGUGAAAAUUCUCUUCUUUUUCUACGCAAACCCUAAACCACACUAUACCUUUUGAAUUUGGAACCAAAACGAAAUCUCAAAAUUUUCACCCACGCCAACUCCCAAAAUUUUCAGACACACUAAUUCAUUUUGGAAACCCUCCAAUCUCUAUUCCCAUUAUACAUAAACAUGGCACCAAUCUCUCUUCCCCACCAAAAACUCCAAGUCCAUCUUCUUCCUUCUGUCUGUUCUCUCCCUCUCUUCCAAAUUCAUACCACAGAAGGAACAAGAUGGAGACUCGUGCUGCCUCAAAGAGAAAGGCAAAUGCAAUGGUCUUGGUCCAAAAACAACACCCCAAAAGGCAUAGGGUUGCGUUGGCUGAACUCCCCAAUUUACCAAAUCUUAUUGUCCCAGGAACUCAGAAUCCUUCCAAAGAGAAAUCGCGAGGUGUGAAGAAUCUCAAUGCGAAGAAGCCAUCUCCCAAAUCUGACCACUCUUCUUCCUUCCAUAUAGAUGAAUCCAUUGUUUCCGAUCUCUAUGAGUAUCUUCAUGAAAUGGAGAUGCAGAAAAAGAGGAGACCAAUGGUUGACUACCUUGAGAAAGUGCAGAAACUAGUUACACCUACCAUGAGAGCAAUCUUGGUGGAUUGGUUAGUAGAAGUGGGUGAGGAGUACAAACUUCUUCCGGACACUCUUCAUCUCUCUGUUUCAUACAUUGAUAGGUUUUUGUCCAUUAAUCCUGUGACUAAAUCGAAACUUCAGUUACUUGGUGUUUCCUCCAUGCUCAUUGCAUCCAAAUACGAGGAAAUGGAUCCACCUUGUGUGAAUGAUUUUUGCAGUAUCACUGAUUACACAUAUGACAAGGCAGAGGUUGUUAAGAUGGAAGCUGACAUACUAAAGUCACUAAACUUUGAAAUGGGAAAUCCUACUGUGAAUACCUUUCUCAGGAGGUUUGCUGAUGUUGCUUCUGAUAACAAAUUGACUACAAAUUCACAGAUUGAAUUUUUGGGACGCUAUCUGGCUGAGCUAAGUUUGCUGGACUAUGAUUUGUUGAGAUUUUUGCCUUCUGUUGUGGCAGCGUCAGCUGUAUUUCUUUCCAGAUUUAUUGUCUCGCCUGAAGUGCAUCCAUGGACCCCUUCUUUGAGUGAAUGCUCGGGUUACAAACCAUCUGAAUUGAAAGAAUGUGUCCUAACCUUGCAUGACCUAUACUUGUUACGAAAAGCAGCGUCUUUCAAAGCUGUCCGGAAUAAGUACAAGCAGCAAAAGUUUAAAUGUGUUGCAAACCUGCCUUCCCCUCCUUAUGUACUGAAUUGUUACUUUGAAGACCAGUGAUGCAGCAAAUUUCAUGAUGAAUAUAUAUCUCAGUUGCUAUCUCUUAAAUCAUGUUUGAUAGAGCACAUGUCAAAAGUGUGGUUAGUUUGAUCAUUGUUUGAACACACCUGGCGUUAGAAAUUUUAUGCAUAGAUUUGUCUUUAAAGUGCAAGAUCGGCAGGUAGAUAAGAUAUCAAUGCUCAAUUGCCUUUUCUGUUGAACAACCAUGGAGAAGACCUCUAAAGAUGCAAACGGCUUCAUUAACAUCGUAGAUUGUACAGCUUCUUUGUCAUCAUUGAUGCUUACUGCUGAACAAUCAUGAUAGUUUUUCAAUAGUAUGAUUUAGGAGGAUGAGGCUAAACUUGUGUAGUUCAUUGCAUAGAAUUUUAUAUGAACAAAGUCCCCAUGUCAAAAAUCGUCAUUGGGAUCUUGCGAGAUGUCUUUGGUAUCAUUAAUCCGAGAAAUGGCUGCAAUCUUGAGAGUUUGUGCUUCAAUCAAUAAAGAAUGAGGGUUUUACUGUGCUUCUAGACAGCAAACCAGGAGUGUUGAUCUUGGGAUUUAGGGAUGUUGUCAGCAAUAAAUUUGAAUUUUGUUCAUCAUCUAUCAAGCUGUGGUCAUGGCGCGAAGGAGUUUUAGAUGAAGAGAAAGUAGCGAAAACAAACAUUAGAAUUUUUGUUUAGAAUAUCUUUCUGGUUGGUUGAAAAUGUCCUAUUCUUUAGGGAUAUUUAUUAAUAUUUGUUUUUUAUCAUUUUUUUUUUGUUAACAUUCACAUUUACAUUUGUUUAUCCAAGCAUACUCUAAUAAAAGUGUCAUUCAUUCUA